AAAUAACAAAAAAAAAAAAAAAAAUCCAUCGAAGCUUUUUUUUUUUUGUUCCUCUCUCUUUCUUUUCCUUGGAGCCGAUCCCAACAAAAUCGGUGAGAUUUUCUUCUCAAGUUGAAUUGAGAAAAUACAUGAAUCGGAAAUGGGUUUCUAAUCCGGCGUUAUCACCAUCCAAGCGACGACGGUGACCAUCGACGAUAUCUGGUUCCUCAAACGCAAACCCCAAAUCGGGAAUGAAUCGGAAAUGGGUUUAUUGUUGCAAGAUGUGAAGAAACGAAUCUCCGAUGUUGUGGAGGAUAAAAAGGAAGCUGUAGCGGUAACAACUGCAAUUCAAGAGGAGAUAUUCUUGGAGAUGGGAAUUGAACCGGGAUUUGGUAUUGGGUGCUUGGGAAAGCUGAACUCUGCAUCUGAAAAUGAUAAAGAGUUGAUGAUUGGUUUCUACAAGUUCCUCGCUAGUAGGGAGGAGAUGGCAUGUGAAGAAGCUGAGCUAGGACCAGAUGGAUUUGAACAGAAAAUGAGAGCACAACAACUGUUGUUGUGUUGCAAGAACAGGAAAAAAAUUGAAAAUUGGGAUUGUAAAGCAGAAGUAAUGAGCUCCAAUGGCGGUGGCGACGUCUACAGCAGCAAAAGCUUUUGAUGAUCCGCGAGAGCUAUAAAAUGACUUGUAGUUGGAGAAUUGGAGACUACGAAUGUCAAGUUUCGAUGGGACUGAAGCCAUUGGAGUGGGUUUCUUAGUCGAAGCCCGUGAUUGGGAGCAGUCGGCACAAGACAACAAUAAAAUCCAGAAAGACAACCCGUGAUUGGGAGCAGUCCGCACAAGACAACA